AUGCCAAAAGACAAACACCGUCGCUCUUGCAGCAAGAAGUCGGGCCGCUCCUCAUCCAAGAACAGCAACAACGGCACCGAAGAUAGCCGAGGCCCUGCCGUCCGUCGGCUUCGAAUCCCCGAUGAGCCGCCCACGCUCCCGCCGCGGGACGUCAGCAAGGCGGGCAGCAAGAGGGAGGUCCUCGCGGACAUCGCGAAGAGGAUCCCGGUGGAGUUGAUGCGGGAAUACUUCAAUUAUCCCUUGCGGGUGUCGGCGGAGGCGAUGCAUAUCUCGGUCACCACGCUGAAGCGGCUGUGUCGGAGGCACGGCGUCAAGCGCUGGCCCCAUCGCCAAAUAAGCGGCUUAAAUAGGACCCUUGGAGAUCUGGAGGCGCAGCACGACGCGGCGAGAGGAGAGGAGGAAAUUGCGGCUGUGGAGGAGGAGCUCCGGCAGUUACACAGGCGACGGGAAGUCAUCAUAGAGCGGGCGUUCGAGAGCGACGACGAGUCGACCCGCAACAAGGACGGCGCUCACCUGUCACCCGGUGUCCGCCGCAAACGAAGCGGCGACCGCGGCGACCGCGGCGGCGGUGGCGGCGAUAGCGUGAGUUCUUCCUCCGAAGAUGAGGGUGAAGAGGAGGAGGAGGAAGGGAAGGGGAGAGGGGGGCGGAGCAGCAGCAGCGGCAGCAGCGGCAGCAGGAGCGGGAGUAGUGGAGGACCUUCUUGCUCAGAGGGCGGCAGCGGCGGCUCUUCGGCCUCCUCAGGGCCGAGAACUUGCUGA